CCGAGAAGUAGUAGCAGAGCAACAAAGCAACUACUGUCUCUGUCCUGUUUCUUCCCCUUUUCUGUUUUCUUUUUCAUGACCAGGCAAGGCUUGUUGGCGCCUCAGGAGAUACUUAGUCCAAUCUCAGCUUCUCCGGCGACCGUGACGGCAACAGUGAUGGGGCUUCCUCCUCGAAGCGCCGCCUCUACGGCCAAGUAUAAGAAGCUCAUGACACAUCUUGAACUCCAUGGAAUUGGAAGCCAGAACUUUGCAAGUUUCGAGUCUAUGAAAGCUUCCUCUCCAACACAUUUAAGAUCUGUUCCCUUACUAUCCACCUCACACUCUGAAAGCGACGACAGCGAUUGGAACAGAAGGCUCCCAUCAGUGUUGAGCAAGUUUGAGGAAAUAACGGAAGCGGCGAAGGGAAAGAAGAUAGUGAUGUUUCUUGAUUAUGACGGUACUCUGUCUCCAAUCGUAGAUGAUCCGGACUCUGCUUUCAUGUCUGAGGCGAUGAGAGCAGCAGUGAAGAGCGUGGCGAAGUAUUUCCCAACUGCUAUAGUGAGCGGAAGAUGCAGAGAUAAGGUGUUCAACUUUGUUCAAUUGUCGGAGCUUUACUACGCAGGCAGUCAUGGCUUGGAUAUCAAAGGUCCCACCAAAUGGCCCAAGCACAUAAAAGCUAAGGCAAAGUCAGUGCUCUGCCAGCCAGCCAGUUCAUUUCUACCCAUGAUUAAUGAGGUAUACAAUUUACUUUUGGAGAAAACCAAAGGGAUUCCUGGCUCCAAGGUGGAGAACAACAGAUUCUGUGUAUCAGUUCACUACCGAUGUGUGGAGGAAAAGAGAUGGAAUAGACUUGCAGAGGAAGUUAGAUCAGUUUUAUCAGGCUAUCCGGAUCUGAAAUUAACUCAAGGAAGAAAGGUAUUGGAGAUUCGGCCUAUUAUUGAAUGGGACAAAGGCAAGGCCCUGGAGUUCUUACUGAACGAGCUUGGUUUUGCCGACUGCAAUGAUAUAUUUCCCGUCUACAUUGGUGACGACCGCACCGACGAAGAUGCUUUCAAGGUGUUGCGGGAUCGUGGACAGGGAUUUGGAAUUCUGGUUUCCAAAUUUCCGAAGGAAACUUGUGCCACUUACUCCCUUAAAGAGCCUUCUGAGGUUAAGGAUUUCUUGAGACGUUUGGUUGAGUGGAAGCGAAAUUCUAUGAAGUCGUAGAUGAGGCUUUAA